AUGGAAGAGGACGUUGUUCCUAAAUCUCCACUUAGAGAAAAUGAAAUGGCUCAUUCUUCACCUAUGAGGGGUUCUCUAAUCAAAUUGAAUCUCGAGGCGAUUGUAAAUCCUAGUGGCAAUGUGGAAACUUCUAAAGUCAACACAACCAUCAAUCUAGGUGAACAACCGAAUCAUUCUACACCUAAGAUGAUAGAUGUCAUAACACUCGAAGUGUCGACUGUUGAAUCAAUUCUUGAGGAGGAUGAUGAGACUGAUGAUGGUGAAUUCAUGGGUUCAUUUGCUGACAUAGAAUUCGAUCCAGAAGAGGAGGGCAUUCCCGAUCACAUGUUGAUGUUUGGGAAGAAAUUUAAGAUUCUAAAUCGGAAGCUUAAUUCAGUGCUACAAUUACAAGCGGAUUCAAGGGAUACACUUAAUAGGAUGGACAAGAACAAUGAAUUAAGAGUAAAAGCUCAAUUUGAGUCCUUUAAUGGAGCACUUAGAGCAUUGAUGGAUGUUGAAAAGGAAAUACAUGUUCUUUAUGUUCAAGAUGUUAAGACCAUUCGUGAAAAUGUCAAUUUAAAGAUUCAAGAGUUAAGGGAUGAUAUGGCGAAGGAAUUUACAGCUUUAGAUCACAAUUAUUCUACCCUUCAUAAUAAGGUGGAUAUAAUUGCUGGUGUUGUCACGAAAGCUGUUAAUUGGUACAAUUCUUUGGUUCCCAAAUUCGAUAAGAAGGUUGAAGUUGAUGUUACAGGUUUUGGUGAUAUUGCUAAGUUGGUGGGUGAGUUAAAGGAUCUAAUCUCAACGUUUGGAUCUUCGUCAUCUUCAGUAUUCACUACUGAGUUAUUAACUCAAAAGUUUAGUUUUUUAAAGUCAAACAUUCACAAAUAA